CCAAGUUUCUAAUAGAUGCCCAUUUCAAAUGGCAUUUGUUUAUCUUCUUUUUAAAGCCCAUCAGAAGUUGUGAAUUGUGCUGAUGUGACUAGCUAGCUAGCUAGCACACCAACGUUCUUUCUAGUGACAUAACAAUGAUGUUGAGAACAAGUCUGAGAGGUUUUGCUGUGAGCAGUGACUAUGUUGUGUCAUGUGUACUCCCAAGAGUGUAUGUUCCUGUGAGAAACAAGAGCUCACUUACAGAGGAAGAGCGAGAGCGACUGGCCAAUGGUCCAGGGUUUGAAGACUUUGUUUCUGGCUUUGCACCACAGACACCUGACCAUCUCGUCAGGAAGAAAGGGCAAAGGCUGAGGUUACCAGAAUGGCUCAAAACGGAGAUCCCGGUUGGUAAAAAUUUCACAAAACUAACCAAAGAUCUCCGGAAACUCAAACUGACCACGGUGUGUGAGGAGGCCAAAUGUCCUAACAUUGGUGAGUGUUGGGGUGGAGGGGAGAACAGGACAGCCACAGCCACCAUCAUGAUCAUGGGUAGUCAGUGUACUCGCGGCUGUCGCUUCUGCUCAGUGAAAACCUCCCGUGCACCUGCUCCCCUGGACCCAGACGAACCAAUCAAUACGGCUAUUGCCAUCGGUAGUUGGGGCCUGGAUUAUAUCGUGAUUACCUCAGUUGAUAGAGAUGAUCUAACUGAUGGAGGCUCUGAGCAUUUUGCACAGACAGUCAGAGAAAUUAAGAACAGAUCACCUGCUCUACUGGUGGAGUGUCUGACCCCGGACUUUGGUGGGAACAUGGAUUACGUGAAGAGAGUAGCUCUGUCUGGACUGGAUGUGUAUGCACACAACAUAGAGACUGUGGAGGACUUGCACUGGUUGGUGAGGGACCCCAGAGCUGGCUACAAGCAGAGUCUGUCAGUGUUGGAACAUGCCAAGAAGAGUGUGGAUGGCAUGGUCACUAAGAGCUCUAUUAUGCUAGGUUGUGGCGAGACUGAUCAACAAGUUCUACAAGCUCUUAAAGACUUGAGGUCUUCUGGUGUGGACUGUGUCACAUUGGGGCAAUAUAUUCAACCAACCAAGUGGCACCUCAAGGUCAAAGAGUAUGUCACUCCUGAGAAGUUCAAGUUUUGGGAAGACAUUGGCAAUGAGCUGGGGUUUGCGUACACGGCCAGUGGACCUCUGGUACGCUCCUCUUACAAGGCUGGAGAGUUCUUCAUCAAGAACAUUCUCAAGGAGAAAAGUAUAAACAAGUCAUCCUCAGUCGCCAGCUAGAUGUACACUCAUAAUUAUUUCAACUAUUAUGUUCUUUCAUCUCCAAAAUAACAAUUUUUCACAGUAUAAUUCAUUUUAUUUGCACAUCAUUGUUGUGAAUGUAACAUUGAGCACAAGAACAAUAGCACAUGAAUGUGAGUUUCUGAAUCUA